AUGCCUUCUGCUAUUCAUUCAGAUUCAUCAAAGCUCCCAGCAUGGGAGCGACCAGCAGAAACGACCCACGAAUUACCAUGGGCGGAAAUCGCAGUAAUUGAUCUAUCAUCAUUGGAUGAACCUGGGGGGAAGGAGAAAUUGGCCGAGGAGCUCAGAGAUGCGGUCCAGACAACCGGAUUCUUUAGUGUGACAGGAACAGGCUUCUCGGAUGCAGAAGUGACUCGCCAAUAUAGUAUUGCUCAGGCGUUUUUCAACCUUCCACAGGAAGAAAGAGACAAGCCCGAGCUGCGAUGUGAUUUUGGAAAAGGAAAUUACUUUGGGUACCGAGCGUCUGGGGAGAAGAAGGUCAUGGGCACAGAAGUUCUCGAUAACGUCGAAAGUUGGAACUUUCCAAAAUAUAUUCCGGAAUUGGCGCAUGAGCCUCAUCAUGAUUUCUUCGAAAGAUUUGAAGCUGAGAUCGAAGACUUCUCCAAGCGGUCUCUUGCUGUUGCAGCAAAGAUAUUCACGCUGUUCGCCAUAAUUUUAGAACUUCCUCACGAUUAUUUCUCCUCAAAGCACGAGUACUCAUCCAAAUCCGAAGAUCACCUGCGAUACAUGAUAUAUCGCCCGCGUUCCGAAUCGCAGGACGCAUUGGUGGACAACUCCUGGUCUAGAGCGCAUACCGACUUCGGCUCUUUGACAUUGCUUUGGAGCCAGAACGUGGCAGGACUCCAAAUCAAGACGAAAGAAGGAGAAUGGAAAUAUGUGCCAGCCGUUGAUGGAGGAAUCAUAUGUAAUGUUGGAGAUGCCAUGCAAUUUUGGUCUGCAGGAUAUCUCAAAUCAACAAUUCAUCGAGUAACAAGGCCUCCUCCAGACCAAGAUCACAUUCAUCGGCUCGGCCUCUUUUAUUUCGUUCGUCCCGGAAACGAAGUUGACAUUGCUCCUGCUCCGUCGCCAUUGCUAGAGAGGCUCGGUCUUGUCAAAGGGACGCAGAACGGCGAGGUGAGGAAAAAGGUAACCGGGUUGCAAUACGUUCGGGAGAGAGUUCGAGACUAUCACGACCACACCGACUAUGAAGAUCGACGAGGCAAGACUUUCAAGGUGGGCGAUCUGGAGAUCGAGGACGAGGCAGCGUAG